AUGCAAGCUAGUAAGAGAAAUGGCAAGCCCAGUAGACUGGAAGCUUUAUGCCAACAGAAAAAUACAGUUUUAAACAACAUUGAUCGGGUUCGGCGAUCUAUAAGAGAAAAAACCAUUUCUUUCAAUCCAAUAGAAUUAGAAUGUCGUCUGGAUAUAUUAAAUUCAUAUAUUGAACAAGCAAUGACUUAUCAAUCGGAGAUUGAUAUAUUGGAUCCUGAAAAUGAAGAUAGAUCUGCCGUAGAAGAUUUAUGCGUGUCUACUAAAUGUCUACUUCUUGGAUAUUUAACUCCAAGUAGAAAACAAAGUAUGCUUGAUACCACUAUUGGUUGUUCCACACACCAUAGCAGCCUUCCAAAAAUGAAAUUACCGAAAUUUAGCGGUAAGUACUCAGAGUACAAAAAUUUCAUUAGUUUGUUUGAGAGCUUGGUUGAUCAUGAUAUGUCGCUUACAGACAUAGAAAAAUUCAAUCAUUUGAUUUCAUGUCUCUCUGAUGAGGCUCUAGGUACUGUAAAGGCUUUCCAAGUUACUGAACAAAACUAUUCCAAAGCUUUGGCAAGUUUGAAACGGGUUUACGAUAAUCCUUGUCUUAUUUUUUAUGAUAAUAUUAGACAAUUGUUUCACUUGCAAGAAAUAACGAAGCCUUCGUCAUCAGCUUUGAGGAGCAUGAUUGACACUGUUUCUGCAAUAUAUGAUUCGCUAUUAUCAAUUGGUGAUGACAAGGCAAUCACAAAUGCGAUAAUAAUUCACCUGGUAAUGACAAAAGUCGACCCAAUCACUCGAACAAAAUGGGAAGAACAACUUAAUUAUGAGAAGUUGCCCCUUUGGAGUGAUUGCGAAGAGGCCCUGAAUAGGAGAUAUCAACAUAUUUCGGCUGAAGAAGCUUCCGGUUCGCGGCCUCAAAGUAAUAAAAAUACACAAAAGAAGAAUGAAAAUAAUUCGGGAAGAAAAGGAAAAUCAUUUUCGUGCCAAGCUAAUGCACAGCAGGACAACAUUAAAUGUAUUUUCUGCAGGUCAGUUGAACAUUAUGUUUCAAAUUGUCCAUCCUUUUCUGCCAUCCCAGUUCAACAACGUUUUGACUUUGUGAAAGGUGUUCCGGCCUGCAUAAAUUGCUUGAGAAAAGGCCACACAGUAACAAGGUGCAAAGCAUCGAAAUGUCGAGUUUGCAAUCGCUCGCAUCACACUCUUUUGCAUCAAUAUGCUGCCACAAAUGUGCAGAGUUUAGAUAUGGCAAGUUCCAGUCCAGACCAGCCUCCUAGUGCAUCUGUCAAUAUCUCAUCGUCUAAUAGAGAUAAUGUUAUCUUGGCUACGGCUUUGGUGAAAAUAAAGGACAGAUCCGGGCAAUAUGUAUUUGCUAGGGCAUUAUUGGACUCUGGUUCACAGAUUAAUUUUGUAACUGAAGAACUUUCGCAGCGAUUGCAAUUAAAGAAGGAAGAAAACAAUCUCAGUCUUGUAGGCGUAGGGAAAACUAAUUCUGCAGCCAAAUUUAAGAUUCAGGCAACUGUGAAAUCUCGAGUAAAUUCUCAUGAAUUUUCUUCGGACUUUUGGGUUCUUCGAUCGAUUUCCGGUUAUCAGCCAGACAAAGUAAUUUCUACUUCUGGCUGGAAUAUUCCUGAUAAUAUAGAACUUGCUGAUCCAUACUUUUUCAAACCUCAGAAAAUUGAUAUGUUGAUCGGCGCUGAGAUUUUCUUUGAAUUGUUAUGCAUUGGUCAAAUAAGAAGAAGUCCCGACAUCCCAACUGUUCAGAAAACGCUUCUGGGUUGGGUUGUGUCCGGUAAAUACAAAAAUUGUAAGACUUCCACCAAUGAAUCGUGCCACAUAAGUACAUAUGACAUUGAUGAAACUGAGACAUCUCUUGAUAGAAUUGUCCAGAGAUUUUGGGAAUUAGAAGAAAUUCCUAAGGAAAGAAAUAUUCUUCCUAUAGAACAUCAACAGUGCGAAGAAAAGUUUAUUGAGUCUGUUAGACAAUUGCCAUCCGGUAAAUUUGAAGUGUCGCUCCCUUUCAAGGGUGAUCCAAGAAAUUUGGGUUGCUCGUUCGACGUAGUGAAACGACGUUUUCUGUCGCUCGAACGUCGACUAUCAAAAGAUGUUAAAAUGAAAGAGAUGUACAAUAAUUUUAUGAAAGAGUACAUUGAGCUAGGACACAUGACUAUUACAGAUAAUAAAAUACCAGAUUCGCCACAUUAUUUUAUACCACAUCAGUGUGUAUUGCGACCACAGAGCAUAUCAACGAAACUUCGAGUUGUUUUCGACGCUUCAUGUAGAACUACUACACAUCUCUCCCUUAACGAUCUUUUAAUGAUUGGGCCCACAGUUCAAGAAGAGUUGUAUUCUACAUUAAUUCGGUUUCGUUUGCAUAAAUAUGCAGUCACUGCGGACAUUGAAAAAAUGUACCGCCAAGUUUUGAUUGAUGAGGCAGAUAGAAAAUUCCAAUUGAUUCUUUGGCGUGAAAGUUAA